AUGCAUGGCAGGAAUGGUGAGCUGGGUGCUGUGUGCCAUGUGGCCAAUGCGGUGCACACAUGUAGCAACUGUGCUGCCAGCUGUGCAACGGAAGAGGAAGGGGCCACCGUUGCUUUCACGAUGAAUGGGACGAUACAUAAAUACGCCGGCCCUUAUGAAUUGUGGUGGCGCCAAUUUUCCCCCGACGGAACCAUCCAUCCGCCUGCACGGAGCAGCGAUGCUGACCAGACGGUCAUCUGUCAGUUGCCGCCGCCCGUGAAGGGAAGGAUGACACAAAAUCUGGUGGGACAACUGCGCCGCAAGUUAAUGCUGAGCCGUCACGUCAGAACGAGGAUUGGCGACAGUCUGCGGCGGCUGACGGACCGAACACCGUCGAUCCGAGUCCCGCAUUCAACACGGCGACCAACACGUCCGAGACGAGGCCUGAGUUUGCCAGCAAUCCGAACGAAAUGA